ACCGGGGUCUAGGCGGAGCCCCGGGGCGGAGCCAGGACCCAGCGGGCGGUCUCCCAGACCGGCGGGGCCGAGCCAGGGGGCGGAGAUGGGGAGUCGGGCGAGUAGAGCUGAUCUGCGCUCGGGCAGACGAGGCUUAAAUCCGAGUACAGCCGUGGGCCCCGUUGUCUUCCUUCCUCCGCCGAAUCGGCAGCAGACCCGGGACCUAGGAGCGAACGCUGAAAACAGCAUGGCCGAGCAAGUGGCCCUGAGCCGGACUCAAGUGUGUGGGAUUCUCCGGGAGGAACUGUACCAGGGUGAUGCCUUCCACCAGUCCGACACGCACAUAUUCAUCAUCAUGGGAGCCUCGGGUGACUUAGCAAAGAAGAAAAUCUACCCGACAAUUUGGUGGCUGUUCCGUGAUGGGCUCCUUCCCGAAGAUACCUUCAUCGUGGGCUAUGCUCGCUCAAACCUCACUGUGGCUGACAUCCGGAAACAAAGCGAGCCCUACUUUAAGGCCACUCCCGAAGAGAACCAGAGGCUGGAGGAGUUCUUCUCUCGAAAUUCCUACGUGGCGGGCCAGUACGACGAGCCGGCCUCCUUCCAGCGUCUCAAUGCCCACAUGAACUCCCUGCAUCACGGGACGCAGGCCAACCGCCUCUUCUACCUGGCCUUGCCGCCCACCGUCUAUGAAGCCGUCACAAAGAACAUCAAAGAGAGUUGCAUGAGCCAGGAAGGCUGGAAUCGAAUCAUCGUGGAGAAGCCUUUCGGAAAGGACCUUCAGAGCUCUGACAAGCUCUCAAACCACAUCUCCUCGCUCUUCCACGAGGACCAGAUCUACCGGAUCGAUCACUAUCUGGGCAAGGAGAUGGUGCAGAACCUCAUGGUGCUAAGAUUCGGUAACAGGAUCUUUGGACCCAUCUGGAACCGAGACAACAUCGCCUGUGUGAUCCUCACCUUUAAGGAGCCCUUUGGCACUCUUGGGCGCGGGGGCUAUUUUGACGAGUUUGGGAUCAUCCGAGACGUGAUGCAGAACCACCUCUUGCAGAUGCUUUGCCUAGUAGCCAUGGAAAAACCCGCCUCCACCAAUUCCGAUGAUGUCCGGGAUGAAAAGGUGAAGGUCCUGAAGUGUAUCUCAGAAGUGAGAGCAACCGAUGUGGUCUUGGGCCAGUAUGUGGGGAAUCCAGACGGAGAAGGAGAAGCUACUAAGGGCUAUCUGGACGACCCUACGGUUCCCCAAGGCUCCACCACGGCCACGUUUGCUGCCGUGGUCCUCUACGUGGAAAAUGAAAGAUGGGAUGGUGUCCCCUUUAUCCUCCGCUGUGGAAAAGCCCUGAAUGAGCGCAAAGCGGAAGUGCGGCUGCAGUUCCGGGAUGUGGCCGGUGACAUCUUCCAGCGCCAGUGUAAGCGGAAUGAGCUGGUGAUCCGAGUGCAGCCCAACGAGGCCGUCUACACCAAGAUGAUGACCAAGAAGCCGGGGAUGUUCUUCAACCCCGAGGAGUCCGAGCUGGACCUGACCUAUGGCAACAGAUACAAAGAUGUGAAGCUGCCCGACGCUUAUGAGCGCCUCAUCCUUGAUGUCUUCUGUGGGAGCCAGAUGCACUUUGUGCGCAGUGAUGAGCUUCGGGAAGCCUGGAGGAUCUUUACACCUCUGCUGCACCACAUCGAGAGGGAGAAGACCCAGCCCAUCUCCUAUGUCUAUGGCAGCCGCGGCCCUCCCGAGGCGGACGAGCUGAUGAAGAGAGUGGGCUUCCAGUAUGAGGGCACCUAUAAGUGGGUAAACCCCCACAAGCUUUGAGGCAGCCCAGUGAGCCACUAGCGCCAACCCCCUCUUUGUUCCCCAUCCCCAGUCCCCCAGCUUCCCGGCCUCCAUCGUCAUUGUCUUGGCACAUCGGCCUUACUUCGGGUCUGUCUGUCCUGUCUCUCUGCCCAUCCCCUGUUCACGUUUUAUUCGCCCAGCAACUCUUGGGACCACAGGACCGGGAGCCUGGCCCUGGGGGAGAGGGAAGGCCCCAUCGAAAGAUUCCCCGGCCCCCUCUACUCCCAGCAGCCGGCACCUCCUCAGCCCUGUUUACAGCUGCUACCAGACACGCUUCCACCUGCUUGGGCUCCCAGAGCCAGCCAGCUACAUUCCAAUAGCAGCCACUAGAGGCGGCCUUUGUUUCCCCUCGGGACUGCAGCUUUAUGAAUACAGAGAAUUACCCAUC